AAAGACAGCAAUUAUAAAGCAAGAUUAGUUCUUUGUUUGGUACUUUGCUUUACCUUACAACACGUAGGUUCGAGCUUUUAAAGAAAACCUGUGAUUGUUCUAUUUUACUAAUUCAUUAUCAAACGUUGACCAACUGAAAUACAGAAAUAGAAAUUUUUCAACAAGGGGCCAUAAACAACGGCGGGAAAAAUUUAAAUACCAGCGUUUCCAAAAACUUCAGCGCACAACUACGGUAAGGCAAAAUUAUGGAUAAAGACGGGAAAUUUAACGGACUAAAAAACCUUCAUAGCAACAUGCAUGAUCGAAAAGGUCUCGCGAGUGUAGUCAACGACUCGUUUGCUGUAAGAUCAGAAAAUGGAUUUGAGUCAUUUGACAAGAGCUUCCAUACUAAAAGUUCAGAAAAUGGAAAUAAAAAAGAGGACACUGAAUAUGAGCGUAUGGAAAAGAAAAGUAGUUUGAUCAACUCCAUCAAGAAUGUGUAUGGAGAGAAAGGGCUAAACUUAUGUCAACCAAAGAUUUUUGUUGGUAAUAUAAGUUACAAAUUGUCCACCACUCAGUUAAAGGAAUUUUUCUCCAGUUUUGGUCGCGUGAUUUAUGCUCAAAUUAUCAAAGAUCGUGUUAAGAAGAGAUCCAAGGGGUAUGGUUUUGUUACAUUCAGUAAUGAUAUUGAAGUUGAGAAGGUACUCCAGGCAUCUGAUGAAGAGCUCAUCUUAGAUGGAAGAACACUCAGAGUGAAUCGAGCGGAGAAAAAGAGAAGAUCAAAAGCAAUUAAAGAGUCCAACAACGAAAUGCUGUCUAAAGACUCAUUUAAGAACUUCCUUGAGAACUAUGUGACAAAAGAAGAAGCCAUUGAAUGUAAAACUGCAGUAAUGGAGGACAUUAAGGAUGAUGUUAUUAGUAUAGCAUCUCUUAAUGAUGAUAUUUUGUUGUUGAUAUUUUCGUGUUUACCUUUGAGAGAAAGAAUCGUGAUUGAAAGAGUUUGUCAUAGAUGGAACAACCUAGCAAGAAAAACAUGGCUAACUGCUACGCACCUAGAUUUUAAUGGGGUUUUUAUCCCCUCAUGGACUAGAGUCAGUAGAGGUCUAACUGACGAUAUUUUAAUGUCAAUGUUUAAACGUGGAUGUCAUAAUUUAAAAUCCCUUAAUCUUUCACACUCGCCACGAUCAAUAACCGAUUAUUCACUAUAUCUUAUUGCCCAAAACUGUUCUCAACUGCAAGACAUAAAUUUAUCUGGCAUCAAAGUAACGAUGCGUUCUUUAAAAGAGAUGAGUUGCAGAUGUUCAAAGCUUAAGAAAGUUACGCUGCGGAAAUGUUAUGAAGUAAAUGAAAAAGCGCUGUGGUGGCUGUUCAAACAAUGUCAAGAUUUGGAAUACAUCGACAUAGCUGGGAAUACAAGAAUCACUGGACAGUGCUUCUACAUGUUGACAGAUAAAUGUAAAACAGUAAUUGUCAACGAAUGCAAAAAGUUAUCAGACGAUGGCCUGCAGCAUCUUGCUAGUAGAUGUCAUUACCUGGAGAAUCUCGAUAUAUCCUAUUGUUUGGCGUUAAGCGACUCAGGGAUUAUUCGACUGCUUACUCAAUGUAAACAGUUAAAAAGCCUCUCGUUUAGACAAAGCUCGUCACAAGUUACGACUCGCGGACUUAUGGCUUUGCGACACCAAACACAACUGGUAGAGUUGGACUUAUCUAUUCAAGAUAAAGUUGACGACAAUGUCUUGCAUGUAGUUGCCUCUAGUUGCUCAAAAUUAAGAUAUUUAAACAUAGAAGUAUGUCAUAAUGUCACGGAUCUUGGCCUCGUCGGUCUUGCGAAGUGCUCACAACUCCAGAAACUUAACAUCAGCUAUCUUUCCAAGUUGAAUGACGCAAGUGUUGAAGGGCUGGCCAAGAAUGGAACAUUAAAAGAGCUGAUUGCUAAAUCGUGUUCUAACUUAACAGAUAUAGCCGUCAAUCAGUUGGCCAUAUACUGUCCGCACCUUAAAGAGCUGGAUAUCUGUGGAUCGGAGAGGAUAUCCAAUAGAUCGCUUGAUUGUUUGGAGGAGCAUUUUGGUGAUAAUGAUUUUAUGGUGUUGAGCAUUGGAGGUACUGGAAUUUCAAAUGAACGAGUAUUGAAAACCAGAAAACGCCACCCUAACUGGAACAUCAUCACUCACGACUUCACUAAUCAUCGUCUGAGGUCGGAUUACGAUCCCUUGGUCGAUUGGGAUGACGUAAUCAUGGAUAACCUAACAAUGGACGAUGAUGAUUCCGAAGACGACAAAGGUCCUUUUCAAUUUCAUCAUUCGUAUGAUGAUGAAUCUUACUUAAUUGCCGACGACCCUUCAAUGUGGGAAUAUGAUCCCCAGUGGAUCUCAUAAGUUAUACAGGAAACACUGGUGUACAUUAGAGAUCAUUGGUGGGAAUAUGAUCCUCAGUGGAUCUCAUAAGUUAUACAGGCAACACUGGUAUACAUUAAAGAUCAUUGGUGGAAAUAUGAUCCUCAGUGGAUCUCAUAAGUUAUACAGGUAACACUGGUGUACAUUAAAGAUCGUUGGAUGCUAGCCUGAACAUCGCAAUUGGCGUUAGUAUAGUUAUACAAAAGUUUUAAGUAGAAAUUUGGAAAGCUCAGAGAAAAUUAUAAGAAUCAUGUUCAGUUGCAGAA